ACAAGUAUGCUGGCAAUAAUUGGCAUUAUCCCCUCAGCAUCGAUCAUUUCCCUCACAUAUCCUGCAGUAUUUGCGCCAAAAGGAUAGAGUUCUCGAUCAAACAACAACAUGAAGUUUCAAGUGGAGGUACUCUCAACAGAGACAAUCAAACCCUCGUCUCCGACCCCUGACCACCUCCGCCACCACAAGCUCUCCUAUCUCGAUCAAAUCCAGCCUCCAAUCUUCAUGCCCAUGGUCCUCUUCUACCCCAAAGAGCACGACCACAACGACCUCGACCUCAUUUCCAUCCACGAACAGCGUUGCAGCAAAAUAAAGAAGGCCUUAUCCGACACCCUAGUCAAGUUCUACCCACUAGCCGGAAGAGUCCACGGAACCCAAUACGUCGAUUGCAACGACGAAGGAGCCUACUACGUCGAAGCCAAGACCGACUGCAAAUUAUCCGACAUCAUCGAAAACCCAAACCCUAAAGACUUCAACAAGUUCCUCCCCUUCGAGCUCGACGCGGCUCAUGAGCUUCCUGUGUGCUUCCAGGUCACCUUCUUCGCCUGCGGCGGCAUGAGCAUCGCCAUGGGAAUGUCCCACAAGGUCGGGGAUGCCCUCUCCUACUUCACUUUCCUCAACGGCCUCGCCGCUGAGGCUCGCGGGGAGGGCAACGAUGUUUGCGCUCCGGUGUUCGUCUCGGACAAGUACUUCCCCCAGAAGGACUUGUCCGGAUUCUACCAACACCGCAGCGGGAUCAUCAAGCAAAACAUCUCCACAAAACGCUUCGUCUUUGACGGUCCAAUGGUUCAGGCCAUCCGAGCCAAAUGCGUUGACAUGUCCAGACGUCCUACUCGCGUUGAAGCCUUAUCAGCCUUCAUAUGGUGCCGCUACAUAGCAUCAUGCACCAGCAUUCAACAAGAGGGCGUCACCACCGACGCCAUGUACACUGUUUCUCACGCCGUGAACCUCCGCACGAGAAUGGAGCCUCCACUUCCGGAGCACACAUUCGGAAACGUGACCCGAACCGCCAUCGCCGUGCCGCCGGUACCCGUUGACCCGAAAGACGGGACGCUUCAUGGGGUGGUUAAUCACGUAAGGGAGGCCAUCAAGCAAGUCGACAAAGAGUACAUAAGAAAACUGCAAGAGGGUGACGCACACUUGAACUUCUUGAGGAGCCGCACUGAAGAGGUCAAACGCGGAGAGGUGGUGUCGUUUAGCUUCACGAGCCUGUGUAGGUUUCCAAUCUACGACGCUGAUUUCGGGUGGGGGAAGCCUGUGUAUGUCGGUUCUGCUAGCUUUACGUUCAAGAACUUGGUUAGUUUCUUUGACACCAACGUAGGGGAUGGAGUUGAGGCGUGGAUCAAUCUGUUGGAGGAAGACAUGGAAAAGUUCGAGAAGGACGAGGAGCUUCUCAAGUAUGUUUCACUGGCCCCGAGUUACAAAAAUGCCAAGGUCUCCAUAAAUUACUAACAAGUGAAAAUCUUAUUCGUUAAAAAAUAUCUAGCAUAUUAUGUUCUUGUACUGUAAAUCACUCAGUCUAGAUAAGAAUAUAGUAUGCUACUCUUUUGCCAUCUCAAAUUUUUUAAACGUGUGUUGAAGUGUAAUCUGUAAUACAUGAAGUUUUGCUUGUAAGUUUAAAAGUGC